GGCACAAUCAACACUUCCUGUUUAUUUUAGCUACUGUUAUAGUACCUGUGUUUGAUGCUCAUACGUUAAUCUGUUAGUACAACACCGUUAUAUAAAGACCAAAAUGAUUCCAUAUACUGUAAAUAUUAAACUGGCAGCGCGGACACUGACUGGAACUGUACAUUUACAGAACAAAACAGCAGUCGAUUGGGGGUGGCAGGGAUUGAUUGCGCAGGGAUGUCACUCCAGCAUCCUCAUCAUCGACCCAAAAACGUCCCAGACCAUUCAGGUCCUGGAGAGGCACAAAGCCAAUGUUGUCAAGGUGAAAUGGUCCAGGGAGAACUAUCACCACAAUCUGAGCUCGCCCUACUCCCUGCGGCUGGCGUCGGCUGAUGCUGCUGGGAAGAUCAUAGUAUGGGACGUGGUGAGCGGCACGGCUCACUGCGAGAUCCAGGAGCAUGCCAAACCCAUCCAGGAUAUGGACUGGCUGUGGGCGCAGGAUGCCUCUCGGGACCUCCUCCUGGCCGUUCAUCCCCCCAACUACAUAGUGCUGUGGAAUGGAGACACUGGGACUAAGCUGUGGAAGAAGAGCUACGCUGAGAACAUUCUCUCUUUUUCUUUUGAUCCCUUCAACCCCUCCAACCUUGCCUUGUUGACCAGUGAGGGCAUCGUCUUCAUCACAGAUUUUUCCCAUUCAAAGCCCCCGGGAAGUGCGGGCAAGAAGGUCUACAUCGCUAGUCCCCACGCCAGCCCAGCUCACACCAAACCUGUUGCUGCACCGACCCCUGCACCUACCGGCGCCAAGAAGGCCCUGAACAAAGUCAAAGUGCUCAUCACCAACGAGAAGCCCAGUGCUGAGGCAGUGACCCUGAAUGACUGCCUGCAGCUGUCCUACCUGCCCUCCAAGAGGAACCACAUGCUGCUGCUCUACCCCCGGGAGAUCCUCAUCCUGGACCUGGAGCUCAGCCAGACCGUAGGAGUGGUGGCCAUCGAGCGCUCUGGUGUCCCCUUCAUACAGGCGGUGCCCUGUGCCCAGAGAGACGCUCUCUACUGUCUGCAUGAGAAUGGCUGCAUCACGCUGCGGGUUUGUCGCUCCACGUCGCCUACUGCAGACGAGGCAGGGCAGAGCACCGGUCAGACCUCUGACGCAGAGCAGAGUGCCCAGGAGCUGGUGUAUGACCUGCGCUCGCAGUGUGACGCCAUCCGGGUCACCAAGACGGUGCGGCCGUACCGCAUGGUCAUCUGCCCCGUCAACGAGAACCGCGCUGCCCUGGUGGUCAGCGAUGGCAGGGUCAUGCUGUGGGAGCUGAAAGCCCACCCAGUCAAGUCCCCAGCCAACCCCAGUUCAGGGCUGUCUCCCCUCUACUCUCCAGUGGCCUUCUGUGGGACUCCGUUGGCUCCCAAACAGAAGCACAUCUCAGACCUCUCCCUCAACACCAUGAUUGGUCACAGUCUGAUCUCAGGCGUGGAGCCGGCACGUCCGGGGCAGCAGGAGGUGCUGCUGAAGUUCCUGCUGACGGGACUCCUGUCCGGCCUGCCCCUGCCCCCCUUUGCUCUGCGCAUGUGUCCCCCACUGACCACCAAAAACAUCAACCACUACCAGCCCCUCCUGGCCAUCGGCACAAGCAACGGGUCCGUGCUCGUCUACAACCUGACCAGCGGCCUACUCCACAAGGAGCUGAGUGUCCACUCGUGUGAAGUCAGAGGGAUUGAAUGGAUCAGUCUCACCAGCUUCCUGUCCUUUGCCACCUCAACACCCAAUAACCUGGGCCUGGUGAGGAAUGAGUUGCAGCAUGUCGACCUCCCUACAGGGAGGUGCUUUGCAUUCAGAGGAGAACGGGGAAAUGAUGAGCCGGCCAUAGAGAUGAUUAAAGUUUCUCAUCUGAAGCAGUACCUGGUGGUGGUGUUCAGGGACAAGCCUCUGGAGCUGUGGGAUGUGAGAACUGGAACCCUCCUGCGCGAGAUGGCCAAGAACUUCCCUACCGUCACAGCACUGGAGUGGUCUCCCUCCCACAACCUGAAGAGUCUAAAAAAGAAGCAGAUGGCAGCGCGGGAGGCCAUGGCUCGCCAGACGGUGUCGGACGCCGAGCAGAGCAGCGUGGAGUCGUCCGUCAUCAGCAUGCUUCAGGACGCCGAGAGCAAGUCGGAGUUGAGCCAGUCCAUCUCGGCGCGGGAGCACUUUGUGUUCACCGACACCGACGGCCAGGUCUACCACAUCACAGUAGAGGGCAACAGCGUGAAGGAUGGCGCGCGUAUCCCCCCCGACGGCAGCAUGGGCAGCAUCGCCUGCAUCGCCUGGAAGGGAGACACGCUGGUGCUGGGAGACGUGGACGGCAACCUCAACUUCUGGGACCUGAAGGCCCGCUUGUCCAGGGCGGUCCCCACACACCGUGGCUGGGUAAAGAAAGUCCGCUUCGCCCCGGGGAAAGGCAACCAGAAGCUGCUGGUCAUGUACACAGAUGGGGCUGAAGUCUGGGACACCAAAGAGGUCCAGAUGGUGAGCAGCCUGCGCGUGGGCCGCAAUGUCACCUACCGCAUCCUGGACAUCGACUGGUGCACCUCGGACAAGGUGGUGCUGGCCUCGGACGACGGCUGCAUCCGCGUGCUGGAGAUGGCCAUGAAGUCCGCCAGCUACAGGAUGGAUGAGCAGGACCUAACUGAUCCGGUGUGGUGUCCAUACCUGCUUCUGCCCCGUGCUGCUCUCACACUGAAGGCCUUCCUGCUGCUGCAGCCUUGGUCUGGUACCUUCACCAUGGACAUCACACAAGUAGAUUACAAUGAGAAGGAUGAAAUCAAAGGCCUAAUUCAAGAGCAGCUCAACUCCCUGUCAAAUGACAUCAAAAGCGUCCUGCAGGACCCCGAGCUGACCCUACUGCAGCGCUGCCUCCUGGUGUCACGGCUUUUUGGCGACGAGUCGGACCUCCAGUUCUGGACGGUUGCGGCGCACUACCUCCAGGCGUUCGCCCAGGCGCGGCUGCUGAGUGUGCCCGACACCGAAGGUCAGCCCCCAGCCGAGGGCUCUCCGGCCACCGGCCACGUCACCCAUCUGGACAUCUGCCACGACACGCUGUGCGAGAGCACCUUCUUCCAGAGGUUCCAGUUGGAGCGGGUGCAUCUGCAGGAGGUGAAGAGGUCCAGCUAUGAGCACACCAAGAAGUGUGCUGACCAGCUCCUCCUGCUGGGCCAGACUGACCGGGCGGUGCAGCUGUUGCUGGAGACCAGUGCAGACAACCCCAGCUACUACUGCGACUCGCUCAAGGCCUGCCUGGUCACCACCAUCACCUCCUCAGGGCCCUCGCAGAGCACCAUCAAGCUGGUGGCCACCAACAUGAUUGCCAACGGCAAGCUGGCAGAGGGCGUGCAGCUGCUGUGUCUGAUAGAUAAGGCGGCGGAUGCCUGUCGCUACCUGCAGACAUAUGGCGAGUGGAACCGCGCCGCCUGGCUAGCCAAGGUGCGUCUGAAUCCGGCGGAGAGCUCGGACGUGCUGAAGCGCUGGGCCGAGCACCUUUGCUCACCUCAGGUCAACCAGAAGUCCAAGGCCAUCCUGGUGCUGCUGUCCCUCGGCUGCUUCCACAAAGUGGGGGAGAUGCUGCUCAGCAUGAGGUACUUUGACCGGGCGGCGCUCUUUGUCGAGGCGUGUUUGAAGUAUGGCGUGAUGGAGGCCAACGACACCACCAAUAAGCUGAUUGGUGCGGCGUUCUCGGACUACGCGCGGCUGCUGCGCUCAGUGGGGCUGCGUGAGGGGGCGGCGCUCUGGGCCUCCAAGGCGGGCAGCGCCGGCGAGGAGCUGCUGGAGGAGCUCUUCCAGAAGGAGGCGGCCGAGGCGGAGGCCGGGCCUGGCGCCGACGGCAACGAGCAGGACGGCCUGCUGGUCAGCACUGAGUAAGACCAGACCAGACCAGACCAGUCCCAGAGACAGAGGGAGACAGCGAGAAGAGAAGAGCAAAGACAUAGAGUGAGAGGAGGAGAGAGAGCAGAAGGAUGGAGUCAUUAAGUGGCAGAGGGAUAGGGAGUGACAGAUCAAAGAAUGGAAAGAGCUGUCUCCUCUCUCUCUCUCUCUCUCUCUCUCUCUCUCUCUUUCUAUUUUCUCUCCUUAUCCUCUUCUCCAUUCCACCACAACUCACCUGUGAGACGGAGAGGUGACCGCAACCGUGGAAAACACCAGUACCAGAGUGUCCUGUUUGUGUGUUUUUGUGUAUAUGUGUGUGUGUGUGUGUGUGUGUGCUCUCAGUCUGUAGAAAGUACACAUGCAAUGUGCAUCCUGCGCUGUGAAGUGCAAUUAGAUGUUCUUAUCAUGGUCAGUCAGAUGUUGCCCAAUGCAGUGCCCUGAGUUCUUAGCCGGUGUUCUUGUCAUCCUCUGGUUAUGUGCUACACUCCUGUGUAAAUGACCUUUUCUCUUGAAGUACUUUAGAACAAAUGUCUGCACUGUGGAAGCAGUCAUCAGUAGCUUGCCAUAGACAGCAUAUUAGUCAAAAGAAAAGCAUUGCCCAUUGCCUAAGCCUUGUCUAUAUACUGUAAACCAUUCCAAAAUGCCAUUAUUUUUGCACUUUUACUUUGUACCAAAUCUUCUGUUUUCUUUGUUUGUUUGUCUUGUGGAAUAGCAAAAUGACAAAGUGCUGUACUAAAAAUUGGAAACCAUAGUGAGCGUGUCCUACACCUGAAUGGAGUUGGCUCUGGAGAAGAUCUGCUGCAUGUAUUCAGCAGAGUGGCUUUCUCAGCAGGCCCAGCGCACAGUCACUACUGGGUGUCUUAUUAAAGGCUGCCAAAGAUAGAAUAAACACAGCACAGGACUAGGGGGUGUUGAGCACUGUGUGUGUAUUACUACACCACAGGCAACUAGACACUGAUGUUCAAUGGAAGGAAAUGCUGAGCUCCGUAAUCCUCUUAAUUCCCUCGUCUGCUCUGACACGUUUAUACGGGCUUCUCAGAAUGGAUCCUUUACCUUCUCAUCGUACACACGGGUGAGCUGCGUUUGGGGGUUCACUCGCGGAUUAGAAAGUAUGACAGUACCGGCACCUUAGCACGGUCCUGAGUAGGCUCUGCAAGUUACUGACAUUUAGGAAGACAGUGACAUUGUUUGCGUUUGAAUUACACAGGUAAAUCUAAUCUUAUUCAGUUGAGGCAGAGAAAUUGGGCUGGGUCCAUUAUGGGUUGCAUACCAGUAUGCAUGUGGCACUAAUAAUCAAGCACAAUGCUUAUUGGUCCAAGGCAUUCCUCUCUUUUCACUUGCUCAUAUAGAGAUGUAGACAGAUAAAUCAGUGCAAUCUCUCAAAAUCAAUACACAUAUUUUAAAUAUAUUUUCCUGAAUAUAUAAAAUUAUAAAAUUCUAUGUUUUUGUGUGUGUUCUAUUCUAUCGUUCAAUGCCUUGUAAAAUGCAGAAAGGUCCAAUCUAUGAUACUUUUCCAGGUAGUAAUGUGUAAUACUGUGUGUAAUACUUUUUCUUUGUGAAACAAGUUGUAACAGAAGUCAUUAACUGUAUACUACAGACAGAUAAGGUGGGGCUCUAUUAUUCAACGUUAAUGUUUAUGCACCAAGCUAUCACAUAAUGGAUUUUAUUCCUUCCGUUCUCUCAGUGGCUCAAAUAGCACCAUUUGUUUGAUGCAAAUCAAUAAACCAAAGCGUGCAGUUCAAGGUAGUCCGGGAUAAAAUCCUCAAUUUGUAUCAAAUUCUUUGCAGUGAUAUAGGGUUUUAUUAUUCAGUUUUAAUAAACUAUUCAGCAACCAAUUUGUCUAUAGCCUAACUCUUAGUUAACUGAACAAAAAUCUAAUCCAAAAUGUCAAAUUCAACUAUUAGGUCUACUCCUGAAUGUCACCUUAAGCUUUUUUUUUGUUCAAGGACAUGCUGCAUGUGUUUUGCCUUGUGUGUUUAACAAUAGAGCAGGUUACAGCUGACACCUAAUGGUAGAUAUAGCCCAGUGUUUUACAGAAUGGUGUGGUGCAAUGUUAAAACUAGGCUACCCAUCAGUGCUGCUCCAUCCCAAGCAGCAUUUAUGUCAAUCAAGUAUCGUUGGUAAAUAAUUCAUCCAUAAUAGCUGAGUGGCACUUUUCUUGUCCAGGUAUACAUUUGCUACUGAUGAAACGUAUCUUAUUGUGCACUUACUUUACUUUACUGGAAAAAAACUUUAACUCUAAGGAUAGUAAAAUUCACAGCUACAAUGUGUUUUUGUUAUGACUGUGAUUUACACUUGCCAGUGCUGGUUGUUUAGAUGUUUGAUUGUCUUGUUUAAAAUGGAUAAUGGCUUGUGAAUGUGUUUAACGGCCUUCCUUGGUAAUCUCUUUGAUGUUCUUUUCGUUUAAUGUUAAUUAACCCUGCUUGCAACGGCUUUGAGCUUUAUCAGAAAAUCUUAUGUAAAUAUUUUGAGCAAUAAAUAUGUGAAUAAGAAA